UGCGGUUUUAUGUUUGAUGUGCCAGUUGCAGCAGUUUGUGCAGUUCCCAGGGUGAUGCUAAUUGAACUGAUUCCAAUAUAGAGAUGUCCUUGCAGAAUUGGAUGUUACACAAGCUGGUCAAAACACCGAUGUUAACUUUAGCUCCACUGAAAACAGAAAACUAUAAUAUAAUAUAAUUACACCUCUACCCCGAUAUAACGCGGCCCGAUAUAACAUGAAUUCUGAUAUAACGCCGUAAAGCAGCGCUCCGGGGGGGCGGGGCUGCGCACUCCGGCAGAACAAAGCAAGUUCGAUAUAAUACGGUUUCACCUACAAUGCGGUAAGAUUUUUCUGGCUCCCAAGGACCGCGUUAUAUCUGGGUAGAGGUGUAAUAUGUCCAAUUUUAAGGGGACCUGUGCAGUCAGACAUAUUGACCGGACACCAAAAGUCCGGUUAUCAUAAUUUUCUAGUGUUUUCUAGCAUCCUGUAACAAAUAAAACCUGAAAUUAGCAUAAUAUAUCUGUCAAAAAUAUAUUUGAUCGAAUCUUUGAAUAACUUUUUCAGUGCACAACCACAGGCAGUGGGGAGCAACUGGCCUUUAAAGAGUUAAGACCCUAGCCAGCAGGCAUCAACAGUCAGCUAUGUAGUUAGUGUUGUCACGUCCACAGUGUUGACACUGUUGUAUCUAUUGGCUAAACUGUGCUGCAGUCACACUAGUGCGAGGUGAAAUGGCAGAACCCAAAAAGAAAAAGAUUCAAAGGUUGUCCAGUAUGAUCGAUAAAUUCUUCGUAAAUGCUGAUGGCUCCGAAGAACAACACGUAUGCAUGGCUGAAUUGCUUUUAACAUAUCAUGGAGUUAAAUAUCACCACAACUACCGUUCUCAAGAUUGUGGAAAUAAGCUGUACCCCUCCAUUUUCACCGAUUCCAAGAUCGCGUCCAAAAUUCACUGCGGAAGGAGAAAAGCGGAGGCUUUGAUUGAGAAUGUAUUAGCACCCCAUUCAUUGAAACUCACUGUGCAAGACAUUGGAUCAACGUCGUUCUCAAUAGUGACAGAAGCUUCUAAUAAAGGGACAACAAAAUUAUUCCCAGUUGCGGUUCACUACUUUAAUAAAGAUAAGGGAAGCUGCACAUGUAUCAUAGACUUUUUUGAGGAUGCAGAUAAGACAUCAGAGGCAAUUGCAAACAACAUACGAAGUUGUCUUCAAGAUGCUGGUCUGAUACAUGAUAAAAUUGUGGCAUAUGGAGCAGACAACGCAUCAGUCAAUUCUGGAAAACACAAGUCUGUUUUGGUGCACCUAAAACAAAUGUUGGAUUUACCAAACCUUGUGCCAUGGCACUGCAGUGCUCACAUAGUACACAAUACAGCGAAACAUGACUUGAAAAUGCUCUCUUAUGAUGUAGAGAACUUGGUCAUCAAGGUUUUCAGUGAAUCCUCUCCUGUGCAAAGAAUAUUAGUGAACUUAAAGAGUUCCUUCACUUCAUGGAGACAGAAUAUUCAGAAAUCUUAUGCCAUGUACCUACACAUUUUUUAACCCUUUUCACUGCCGUCGACAGGUUACUGAAGAAUUGGCCUGCACUCAAGUCUUACUUUAUGAGCAAAGAGAGGAAACAGUGAGCUGUGCAAUAUGGGCCUUUCUUUCUGAGCAGGAGGACACAGUAUCCAAUGAUGAAACUAUUACGCUUCCCGAGCUGUACAUAUGUUUUGUGCACAACAUUAUGAGCCAAUUUAACAACACGAUAAAGGUUCUUGAAAGUGAUUACAUUCAGGUAACUGACCUGUAUGCUAUAUUCAACAAGCUGAGAAGAGAGAUUCAGAUUCGACAAGAGCAAGGCUUCUAUGGAUACAAGGUGACACAGUUCUUGAAGAAACUGCCGCCUAACGAGCAAAAUAAAUUUGUUGGAGAUGCCCAACAGGUUUACACACGCAUGCUACAGUACCUGGAAAAGUGGUUUGAUUUCAGCGAAAACUCUUUCUAUAUGUUGUGUGCGCCGCUCAGUCUGAAUGGACCUCUUGAACUAGACAAAUUGUGUGCUUUGACUACAAACUUGGACAUUCAAGUGGACGGCGAUGAACUAUUUACAGAAAUGUGUACAUUGAAUGAUGUGCUACCAACCCUAAAGCGUUUGACAAAUGAUACUGAAUUGACAUUGUGUCAGGAGCAACAAGAGCACCAUCAUCAAAUCAAUGUCUCUGAGGUAUGGGUAGAGUUCUUUAAGCACUCGGAGGCCCCGAGCUUACUUAAAAUUGUGCAGCAUGUGCUUGCUAUACCACCCGGCAAUGCAUUUGUGGAACACAUUUUCAGUGUUAUGAAGAACUUGUGGACUGAUGAAAGGAAUCAGCUCAAAGUGGACCUGGUGAAAGCUGAGCUAUUCGUGCACUUCAACUAUAAAAUGACAUGUGCCAAGUUUGCUGGAUUUUUGAAGACAGAAGCAGCUAAAGAGCUUGUGGUGGCAGCAAGAAAAGAACAGAAGUAUAAAUCAGGUGAGGGGAUGAUGAGUGAGAAUGUGGAAGAGAAUCCUCAGCAGGAAGAUCCUGAAACUCAUGUUACAUUAUUGGGAAGAUCUGAAGGGACUGUGUCCUGGAGUCCAGAGCAUGGAAAAGCUGGUGGAUGUCAGCACAGGCCAGAGAGACAGCAGGGAAACCAGUCAGGGAAGAAAGUGGGUAAAUCCAUUCAAUGUGAAGGUGGUUUGAAGAAUCUUAGUAAAAACAUGAUGCACCAGAGAUUCUCCAAUGGGGAGGGAAAAUACACAUGCACCGAGUGUGGGAAAAGCUUCAGUCAGAGUUUACACAUUAUACAUUGCAGAACCCACACAGGACAAAGACCUCAUAAAUGUCUUCAGUGUGGGAAAAGCUUUAUUGACAACCCAACCCUGAAAAUACAUCAGAGAAUCCACAUGGGAGAAAAACCCUACAAGUGCCCUGACUGUGGGAAAAGCUUCAGUGAGAGACCACAUCUUAUUGGCCACCAGAGAAUCCACACCGAAGCAAAAACUUUCAUAUGUUCUCAGUGUGGGGAAACCCUCUGUAACUGGUCAACCUUUCUUAGACAUGAGAGAAUCCACACUGGAGAGAGAUCUAAACCUUAUCGCUGCCUUGAGUGCAGGGAGAACUUCCGUGAUUGGUCAGGUCUUAGUAGGCAUCAGAGAAUUCACACAGGAGAGAACCCUAUAACUGCCUGGACUGUGGAGAAAGCUUCAGUCGGCACUCAAACCUUACCAGGCACCAAAAAGCUCACACUGGGGAGAGACCCUAUAAGUGCCUCAAGUGUGGGAAAAGCUUCAGUCAGAAAUCAACCCGCAGUAGACAUCUGAGAACCCACUGGGGAGAAAGCGAAUAAAUGCCCCAACUAGGACGGGCUGAAGUGAGAUAGACUGGAGCAGUUGAGACUAGCUUCCUUUUGAACUGCCAGCUUUCUGUGUGCUCUAAAAUCCACACGUGGACCUGGAUUGUCUUGAAAAUUGCUGUGCUUCAUCUGGGCCGGAGGCAGAGCGAGUGGUGGGAGGUUGUGGCCGUUUGGUCUAGGGGUUCCUCAGAUACAGCCCCCCAAUAAGAAGCUGCUUUUACCAGUCAGAUUGCUCUGAAACCCUGUGCAAACUUAACUCCCAUGAAAAGCAGGAAAUAGAACAUUAGAGUACAUGCUACCCCCACAACAUAACCUUAACUCUGCCCUCUUUGAGUGAAGUCCCAACAUACCUGUACCACACAUUUGCUCUCUACCUUUGCAGAUGCUGCAGAACACUUCAGGAAUAGAGCACUGGUGAGCAGUGUAGGACAAAUUCGAACACCUUCUGUUGCUAAGGGAAGACUCUGGGGUAGGUCAGGCAUAGUGAGCAGCUCUCACUUACAUUCAAAAACCGAGCCUGCCCCACACAGCCCACCCCAGAACGGCAAAAUGUUCCCAUGGCUUCGCCCAUGCCCUGAGGAUUCCUUGGGAGACGUGGCUUUCACUGACCCCGCAGUGAGCCCCAGAGUCAGAUGGCUGACAGACUCCAUGGCUACAGUCCCUUGUGCAUUUCUACUGGCAGAGCCUGCAGAACUCAGCACUGCAAUGAAGCAUUACUGACCCUUUUAAAGGACACCUGCACCUCUCCUGCUAUCACAGGGACAGCUCUGCCAGCCCGCUCCGGCGAAUCUCGUCCCCAUUCAGUACAGCUACGCCUCACACGGCCAAGGUAGUCAGGUGCCUGCAGAUGAAUUCUAGGAUUCAAAUCUGCGGAAUACAGCACAAGCAAUGGUCCAUCUUCUUAGUCCUUUGUGUCUGCUUAUUAUA